GAAACGAAAAGGAAGUUUAUUUCGUCUGCACAGAUCACCUACCGAUCUAGCGGGACCAGCUAUCCACGAAGCUAAAUUUAUAUUUUGUCUGCUUAAAACGGAGAAUACUACUAGAAUGUUUUAAAAAAAUAUAGCUUAGUACAUUAGCUUUGCGUUGUCGGGGCUUCGUCGUCGCAAGUUUGCCUUCCAAGUUAAUGCUCGGCUGGUGAAAAUGUUUAAAGCAAAAAUUAUUUUCGUUGGUCCCAAUGAGAGUGGCAAAACUGUCCUUGCCAACUUUCUUUCGGACACAACAGAAACCGUGGGUGGAGAAUACAGGCCAACUCAAGGAGUCAGGAUCCUGGAGUUUGAAUCCCAGCCUGACGGCAGUGAUGUCAAGACCUGCGAGGUUGAACUUUGGGACUGUUCUGGGGAUUUUAAAUAUGAAUCCUGCUGGCCUGCACUCAUGAAGGACAGCAGCGGUGUGGCGAUCAUCUUCAAUCCGGAUGUUCCGAGUCACCUCAAAGAAAUCGAGACGUGGCACUCCAUGUUCAUCUCCACCCAAAGUUUGCAGGACAGCCAGUGUUUACUCAUAGCUCACCACAAGCCAGGGACUGAGGUGGAAGCUGGCCGGCUGCCUUUAGCACCAAAUCUGAGCAGGCUGCCACUUAUUCACUCCAACCUGGAGGAAGAGCCAGAGGAUUUGCGACAUGCUUUCUGCAGAUACUUGGGAAAUGUUGUGAAAGCGAUGUCUGAGAGUCGGGAGCGGGAGGAGAUGUCCAUCAUUACGUAGCAGUAAAGUCUACCAAACAUCCAUCGUACUUAGUUUGACUCACAGAUUUUAAGUAUGUGAUCAUUAAUAACUUGAGAUCUCAAUGAGGUAUUAUAAAGCAUUUUGUAACCCUGAUAUUUACCAACAGUUAGAUGCUCCUGCUGGUUUUUGUUGUUAGAUUGUACUUUUGUAAAUCUUCUGUAAAUAAAACAUAUCCACAUAUACAAUG